GCAGAAGAAAGCAGCAGAAGCAUAUUGCCCCCCGAGCAAUAAGCUUACCUGACGUUCACAAGAGAGCAGUAGCUCCGACGACGUAGAAGAAACCUGUGAUCUUUUAGAUCCUCCCAUGGCAGCGCUCAGUUCUUCUGCUCCUUCUAUAACUUUGGCAUUUCAUGCCUUCGUUUCUCCCCGCCACGGCGGCAACAAACCGGCGAUCGCCACCACAUCGGCUACUCAACGACGGCGAGGUCGUACCGGCUUAACGAUGAACUCUUCAGGCAUGAACAACGCCGGCAUCCCACCGAUCAAAGGAUCAGCUACACGAAUUUCUGCGGCUGAUCCUGGUAGUCCCGGCCCAGCUCCGUCAGGAGGAAACAUCCCGAUCCCCGGCAUUCCUCCAUGGACCCAGUGGUUGGUUGGUGCUAUCGUGUUCGCGGUGCCCCUUUACAGACAGUUCAGGACAAUGGAAGAUGAGAUAGAGAAGACGGCGGAGGUGGCGAUCGAGGUGAUCGACAAGGUGGCAGAGGAGACGGAGAAGAUCGCCGACGAGGCUGCCGUCGCGUUCCCCGGCAAUGAAACGCUCAGAAAGGCAGCAGCGAAGAUUAAGGCGGUCGCGGAUGAGAUCGAGGAAGAUGCCGACAAAGCCGAGGCCCUGAUCGAGAAGGUUGAUGAGAUAAAGGCAGAGAUGGAUUCCAUAGUUGAUUCUAUAAUCGACAAGGGCGCCAAGAAGUAAGGACCAUAUAGAUACGGAGCUCAAGGAGAGAGAAAUAAGAGAAAACCAGCGAGCGAUUGUCCAACGCCUAUUUAUCUAAGCUCGUUACGUCGUUUCUUGUCAUGUGUUUGUACAUGGUCGCGGACUCCUUACGAACCACUCACGGAUUUUGUCGAUAAAUAUUACUCCCUCCAUUCCAAAUUGCAAA